AGAAAUACCACUUUUAAUUUUUUUCUCUGUACAUCCAAUUCCUUCAAUUGCUUCUACCUCUCUUACGGUGCCAUCAUCAGAAGCAGAACCCAUCAAUGUAUUUUCCUGUUAAACUUGCACUUCACUGUAAUUCCACACUCUUUUCUCAUCCACAUACCCACCAGCAACAGUUUGUGUCAGAAGGCUUCCAUGGUUUGUCUCAUAAAAGGGGUGGGACCCUUCUCAUGCCCUGUUACUUGAAUGAGCUGAAUUAUACCCAUUUGUGCCUCACCCUCCAUAAAAGGCUGUGCUCAAGUUACAGCAAUGACAAUACACCUGAGCUAUCAGAUGCAUGCAGCCAUGAAGCAGAAAGCGAAGAGGGUAAGAAAGGAGAGUCAAUGACAAGCAGUGACAUCCUGAAGAAACUGAGGAGAUAUGGAGUUUCUGGAAUCCUCUCCUAUGGACUUUUGAACACUGCAUACUAUCUCACAACAUUUCUUUUUGUGUGGUUUUACAUUGCUCCAGCACCUGGAAAGAUGGGUUAUCUUGCAGCUGUAGAAAGAUUUCUCAAAGUGAUGGCUAUGGUGUGGGCUGGUAGUCAAGUCACUAAACUCAUAAGAGCCGGCGGAGCAUUGGCACUGGCACCUUUUGUUGACAGAGGAUUGUCCUGGUUUACUAAUAAGUUUAAGUUUCAAUCACAAGGGAAGGCUUUCAUGGCAAUAGUGGGAUUCUGUGUUGGAUUGGCCCUCAUUGUAUUUUUGGUCAUCACACUGCUUUGGGCAUGAUGCCAUUUCUGCCACCUACUUGAGAGGACCUUCAAAUUCAAUCAUCCCCUGAGAAUGUAUAAACGUUUAUUAUCAAACAAUUGUUUUACUCUUUAAUACCUUCUUGAGUUUUUAGAAUGUUAUAUAUGACCGUGUCUCAUAAUAUUGCACAUUUUUUCAUGUAAUGCGUAUAUGUCCCUUCCAUUAU